CGACACUUACAGGGUCAGCGCUAUCUCAUGUUUUUGCUUCCCCACCCACUCCACCUAUCUUGCUUUGGACUGGCACUGUACGCAUAGCACAGGGUGCUGCUUCUCCCCACUUUGCGUGGUUUUCUCUUAGUGCCUGGCAGACCGAAACCUUUAGUCACAUUAUGCCGGCGUCCUGCUUUUACCGCUCGUCGCCGCUCGUUUUACAAUAGCAUCAAUCCCUGGUGGAGCUGUGCCCAAGGCAAGAUCGCACAUAUCUGCGAGUCUCAGGACUACAAGUUCUACUCUUCCCCUCUCCUGUCAAGACAGCUGUCCGCGCCUGAACUAGUGUGAUGGCGUCGACCCCUUCGUGCGCCCGCGAGAGCUAUUGGACGUCGCGUUCUCCGUCCCUCUCUCCGGUCCGCCGGUCGCCAGGCUUCCUUAACGCUGCCGCGUGCUGGUCGUCCCCCCUCCCCCUUUGCCCCCACGACUGGCCGCGCUGCUCGUGCUGCUCUUAGUCGUCGUCUUGCCGACCCACGGUGUGCUCCGGCUUUCGAUGGUCUCCAGUUCGAGUCCCGAUCACCCCAGGUAUGUCUUGCGAGUCGCAGCAAUGCUAGUAGUAGUGAUGAUAGGUCUGCCUCCGCGUUCUCUAAAAAAAUCACACAAGCGUGUAACACUGUCGUUGUGGUCUUUCCGUAAGCCCAUGUCAACUUUCUGCCCCUGUGUCUUCUCGUCGAGUCCCCCGGUCUUGCCAUUGUUUGCUUUAACCUUAUUCUCGCCUUAUGCCUAGUUCGCAAUCGUGGAUUCCGCCAGCGGAUGCCAGCAUGAGUGGCGCAGGCAGUCGUGGAUCGGUGUUGGCGACUGCGGAGUGGCUCCGACCACAGGCGGAAGCAGGCGCCCAGUUCUCCACCCUGAAGAGCACAGAAGACACCCAGCCAGCAGGACGGACUCCUGAGUGUGUCCAUAGUCGGCUCACAAGCCUACAGAUUGGGAGGCCGUUGCUCAGUUGGCAAGCUGGAUCGCACCAAUUCUGGCAGCCUUUGUCGGUCAACUGACGGAGUGAGGUGGUGGGAGUGUUAGAUGCAUCGUGAUCUUCUGCCGCACAUCCUCCCCCUCCAGGCACGACUCUAGAGGUGUCUGAGCUCAACCUGUUCUCGUCUCUGGGACGGGUGCAAGAGCACAUGCGUGGCAUGGACGGGUUCAUGCGCAGUCUAGUGACGGACGGGUUGCCCGCCGUGCGUGCUUAGCGACACAUUGAGCCUAGUUUCUUGAGUUCGGGGUGAUUUGGCUACUUUAGCUGAGGCACACAACUACCGUAGUUCUGUCCCGAAGCCACUUGCAGUGGUAAUUCUUGCCUACGUGCUCCGUUCCAGGCGCUUGGACCACAAUUAUUGUGGGUUUCGUUUGUUAUUUGCUAUCUGGCCAGGGUGGAUCUUGUGAAUGUGUUUGGAGCGACUCCAAGCUUGGUGCCUCGGCAAGAGUCGAAUGCAGUGCGUUGAGUGCCUUGGUUUAUACGGCGCAACCCUGCGACGUACACAGGUCGCAGCCUGCAUUCGUUAGAAUUUAGGAAAUUGGUGGCACGGAUUUGGUGAUCAAAGCUGUAUAUGUUUAGGCACGCAUACACCAGUCGGGGAUUUUUUCGAUUAUCGAAGCGCCCCCUGCCAGAUUAACCAUACCUGUUGUUGUCACGUUUC